UGUCUAUUGUAAAUCAUUCCUUUUCUGCUGUCACCGUUUGACAGCUGAAUCAGUAGUGGGAGGAAAAGAGAGGACGAGGAUUGCGCAUGUUGGGGCUGGGAAAGGAAGGGUGUUUGGAAUGUUACAAGGGAGAAGAAGCCGCAGCAAGCAUGAACCAGCUGGGCUGCUGGCCAGAAAGGGGCUUGCCGAGGCAAGGCGGGGGGGGGGGGUGGGGGAUGUGGGGUGGGCAGUGGAAUCUUGGACAUGGGGGCCACUUCCUAGGCCCCAGGCAUCCAGAUGCCCCAGAGGCGAAGAAGACAUGGGAGUCCCCCCGUGUGAGGGCCAGAGACUGUCCACUAUCUGUAAGGCUCCUGUCUUUCAGGUGAACCUCAUGGCUGAGUAAGCCUCCCCUGGGCCCAGCACCCCACCAGCAUGGUCCAGGACCGUGGCGGGGGUGCUCCAGAGCACGGCUGCCGACCUGGUCUUUGGGGGCAGCCAUGACCCAGCCUCCACCCACCAAAGCACCAGCCAAGAAGCAUGUGCGACUGCAGGAGAGGCGAGGCUCCAAUGUGGCUCUGAUGCUGGAUGUGAGGUCCCUGGGAGCUGUAGAGCCCAUUUGCUCAGUGAACACACCCCGGGAGGUCACCCUACACUUUCUGCGCACAGCUGGACACCCCCUCACCCGCUGGGCCCUGCAGCACCAGCCACCCAGCCCCAAGCAGCUGGAAGAGGAAUUCCUGAAGAUCCCCUCAAACUUUGUCAACUCUGAAGAUCUGGAUAUUCCUGGCCACGCCUCCAAGGACCGAUAUAAGACCAUCUUGCCAAAUCCCCAGAGCCGUGUCUGUCUAGGCCGGGCACAGAGCCAAGAAGACGGAGACUACAUCAAUGCCAACUACAUCCGAGGCUACGACGGGCAGGAGAAGGUCUACAUUGCGACCCAGGGCCCCAUGCCCAACACCGUAUCAGACUUCUGGGAGAUGGUGUGGCAGGAAGAAGUGUCACUCAUUGUCAUGCUCACUCAGCUCCGAGAAGGCAAGGAGAAAUGUGUCCACUACUGGCCCACAGAAGAGGAAACCUAUGGACCCUUCCGGAUCCGCAUCCAAGGCACAAAAGAAUGUCCAGAAUACACCGUGCGGCAGCUCACCAUCCAGCACCAGGAGGAGUGCCGGGUAGUGAAACAUGUCCUCUUCUCUGCCUGGCCUGAUCACCAGACCCCAGAAUCGGCUGGGCCUCUGCUGCGCCUGGUGGCCGAGGUGGAGGAAAGCCCAGAGACAGCUGCCAACACUGGGCCCAUCGUAGUCCACUGCAGUGCAGGGAUUGGCCGGACUGGCUGCUUCAUCGCCACCAGAAUUGGCUGUCAACAGCUGAAGGCCCGAGGGGAAGUGGACAUUCUGGGUAUCGUGUGCCAACUGCGGCUGGACAGGGGCGGGAUGAUCCAGACCACAGAGCAAUAUCAGUUCCUGCACCACACCCUGGCCCUGUAUGCAGCCCAGCUACCGGAGGAGCCCUGCCCCUGACCGCUGGUACCUCCACCAGCCCAGUAGCCCCAAGUGGACACUUGGGGGAACCUCCCGUGUCUCUCUGAACUUCGAGCUAGGAACUGGCAUUUAUGAGACAGCCGAGAAAGGACCAGUGUCCCAGUCUUGUCUAAAGUGUUCUGUGAGCUUCAUCUCUCCGUCUACGACAUGGGCAUUAAGUGCUUUGCUGCCAUAGGGAAAAGUAAUCAGAGAAGCUCCCAGAAGCCGCUCCAGCUGUAUCCCCUUCCUGGGCCUGGCAAGAGAGUAAUCCCAAGCUCAUCUUCCACCUGGGCCCUGCCCAAGAACUGGCCAGAUGCAGGAGCUGGGAAAAGUCUGGUCCUGACCGUGGCCAAGUUCUCAACCUCCCGGCAGUGACUUUCUGCUUCCUCACCCCACGUCUGUGAGGGCUGGAUACCCCCCAAAGAGAACAAGGACCCAGACUACCCCUGUGCCCACACCUGUGUCCUGGGAUCAGGCUACAGAGGUGACCAGGCCAGGCAUUUGAGACUUUUGGAGGAGGGAAAGUAUGGCGACCCCUCAAAGGCCCAGAGGGCUGCCCCUGCCUCCAUAAUUGCCAGCCACUCACCCCAGCUACUCCCGAGAGAGGCCCAGCAUCUUCUGUCAUCCUUUCAUGACCUCAGAAGGUACCCUGGGUACCAGGAGGCAUAAAAGAACGAACGGUGAGGAAGAAACAAGGAGCAAGAAACAAGAAACUCCUGCGCCCUGCCCCCAUCCACCCCUGCAUUUGCAGAGUACAGCUGGAGAGCCUGGCUGUUUCCAUGAACUAUCUGGGUGAAGCGCCGCACGCAGACCAGGGGCCUCAGCCUGGGACCGCAGAGUUGGGACCCUCAUAGCCUCUCCCGGAGAACUAAUUCCUUUCAUCAUCUCGGCACCAAUACAAUUUCCAGGGCACCCAAGAUCUAUCUCAGGGCUCACCUACACUCCCCAGGAAGGCAUCCAGAUCCUUGGUCCUUGAAUCCAAAAUGAGCUGCCUGUGGGGAUGAAGAAAGGCGCCAUCUCUCCGGGCACUCAGCCCCUGGGGUCUGCCUUGACUGAUGCCAGCUCUCUGUGGAACCCCCCAAGGAGCUGGAUCCUGGCGAGCAGCUGGGCCUCCUUAUUCACGACAUCGCUUCUGAAGCACGUGCAACGUUGAAACUGAUGUUAAUUUUCUUAACACUUCCGCUUGGUCUUACAAUGGAAUUCUUCCUUCCUUACAGCCCCAGGAAUGGCUCACCUGCUCCUAACCCCUUUGGGAGGCACUCGCAGCCUGUGCCUGUGAAGGAGGGCACAGAGCUCUCAAGUGCCUGAUCCUGCCCUGAGCUCAGACCCAACUGGGAGGGAAGCAGGUGCGUGGCCGUAGACCCACAGGCUCCCCACCCUCUAACUGUGGCCCCAACCCCAUUCUAGAACUUAGUAAAAACUCUGGAAAAGGAACCAAGUGGGAGAAUAAAAACCUUUUGGAUGACUGA